UUUCUCAGCAGAAAAAAAAAGUAACUGAAGGUGGGAGGCCGGAGGGGAAAGAAAGAGAGAGCGAGAGACAGAAGGGCGACCAUGGCGGCGGUGGAUCUGUCGAAGCUGCUCAAGGAGAAGCGGUUCUGGGCAGCCUCCUUCCUCAUCGCGUGGGCGGCGGGGCUCCAGGGGCACAUGAUGUGGUUGAAGCGGCAGGACGCCUUCAAGGACAAAUUCGGCGACCCCGAAGGCGAAGCCCCCAACAAGGUCACGGAGCAGCCGGCCGACGACAGCACCAGCCUCGCAGGCGAGCUCACCGCCGACGCCGAGAUCAGAUAGGUAGCUGGGUACAUGGAUGAGUUACAUGAGUACGAGAUCCCUCUUUUAUUUUGCCCUGUUUACCUCGACCGAUCGAUCUAUCUCUGUGUAGUUAGUACUAGUUCUUGCAGUGCAAGCUUGCUCACAUAAAUAAUGUUGGGAGUUGUUGUAAUACCUGCUGUCUCUCUGAAGGUAGGAAAUUGUCACUGUUCAUCACGGCUAAUUGGGGCAUCUCUUAAUUUUGUGAACAUCAGAUUGUUAUAAUCCCAAAGCUGCUCUGCUUUAGCCUCC